AUGGCCAACACACGAUACGGUGUUGUGCUUGGCGUGAUAGCUGUAUCACUUCUGCUCUUUAUGCAGUUGAUCGCCUUCAAGCAGCCUCCUAAUGAAGGGCCAUCCUCCAGCUUUGACCCUAAAUUCAGUUCCUGGAGAGACAGGGCUGGAGCAGCGACGGAUAGCAGCUUGUUCCUGUUGGGCGCAGGCAAAGCAGACGUGACGGGACCUGUUGUUGAGGUUGGCUUCAACGGCUAUGCCAGCUUGGAUCAAAAGGGCACGGGACUACGACAGAGACUCUACUCGCGCGCCUUCAUCAUGGCUAACCCAGGCAAUCCGGAAGAUACCUUUAUCUACCUCGUGCUUGAUACUCAGUCCGGCGACACUGCGAUUAGAAAUGGCGUUCUGAAAGGACUGGCCUCUUUGGGAGGUGAUUAUACGCGAUAUGGCGAGCACAACGUUGCGCUGACGGGAACACAUUCCCACUCUGGCCCCGGAGCGUGGAUGAACUACCUUCUACCGCAGCUCCCCAACUUGGGCUUCGAUAAGCGUAGCUAUCAAGCCAUCGUGGAUGGUACGAUCUUAUCAAUCAAGCGGGCACACGAGAGCCUUACGCCAGGGCGAUUGUCCUUUGGGUCAAUCGAUCUGGAGAAUGCAAACAUCAAUCGCAGUCCAUUUUCCUAUGACCACAACCCUGAGGAAGAAAAAGCCAAAUAUUCCGCCAAUGUGGAUAAGACUUUGACGCUUUUACGUUUCGACCGCGAGUCGGAUAACAAGACUGCUGCGGUGCUGACUUGGUUCCCUGUCCACGGCACGUCGCUGUACAACAACAACACCCUCGUGACUGGUGACAAUAAAGGCGUUGCGGCCUAUCUUUUCGAACGGAGCAUUGUGGGUGAUUCUCGGUUCGCUCAGGACGCUAUCAUUGGCUUUUCCCAGGCCAAUGUUGGUGAUACAAGUCCUAACACCGAAGGUGCUUGGUGCGAAGAUGGCUCCAAUGUCAUGUGCAACUAUUCCGACAGUACCUGUGGUGGCUCGUCGGGAGGCACCACCCCGGGGACUAACGAGGCGUGCCAUGGGCGAGGUCCCUUUUUCCAGGAGAAAGACAACGGUGCCAAGAGCUGCUUUGAGAUUGGAAAACGUCAAUAUUCCGCAGCCAAGACACUCUAUGAUCAGAUGGAUGCAACGCGCACCCCCAUUGUCGGCAGCUCGGAAGUACGAUCGUUCCACGUCUACCACGACAUGAACGGCUACACCUUCCCCUCGCCCUUCAACGGCACCACGUUGAAGACAUGCCCCGCUGCAUUGGGCUACUCGUUCGCAGCCGGGACGACCGAUGGACCGGGCGCAUUCGAUUUUACCCAGAACGCCAGCAGUCCAGCGACCGAGAAUCCACUGUGGAAGGUCGCACGUGCAUUCAUCCAUCAACCCUCCGAAGAGCAAAAAGAAUGCCAGGGAGCCAAGGACGUGUUGCUAGAUGUGGGCACAUUGACCGAGCCGUAUGCGUGGGCACCUGACAUUGUGGACAUUCAAGUUCUCCGAGUUGGUCAGCUAUUCAUCAUCGUGUCCACCAGCGAGGCCACCACCAUGUCCGGGCGACGCUGGAAGGCAGCGAUUGCUCAAGGUGCCCAAAAGUCGCUCUCUGUUUCAGAUCCACUGGUGGUCCUUGGUGCUCCAUCCAAUAGCUACGCCCAUUAUGUGGCUACGGAAGAGGAAUACAGUGUUCAGCGCUACGAAGGGGCCUCUACUCUAUACGGCCCCAGCACUCUUGCCGCGUACAUCAAUUUGACCCUCACAUAUCUCCCCUAUUUGGGGAGUACCUCUGACAUUGCCAAGCUGGCGACUAUCCCCGCUGGGCCCAGCCCCCGCUUCAUCACGGGCGUGAUCUACGACAACGCCCCGAUCGGCAAAUCGUUUGGCGAUGUUCUGUCCAACCCUGACAAACGCACGUAUGGGCCCGGUGACACGGUCAAAACCACCUUUGUUGGCGCCAAUCCACGCAAUAACUUCCAUCAGGAGUCCACCUACGCGGCCGUCCAACGGAAGACUGACUCGGGCAGCUGGGAGGUGGUCCGGAACGAUCGUGACUGGAACCUGGUCUUCCUCUGGAAGCGCACGAAUGGUGUCCUCGGCUACAGCGAGGUGACCCUGCAGUGGCAGAUCGAAGAUUCUUAUUACAGUGUGGGUAACCCGACUCCUUUGGAAAGUGGAACAUAUCGUAUGCACUACUACGGAGACUCGAAGAAUGUGCUUGGGAAGAUCAACUCGUUCGAAGGCAUUGGAGGGACCUUUACUGUGAAGGUGUAA